AUGAUGAAGCAAUCACUGUCAGAUAAAAAUGUAAACGGUGGAGUUCUGCGAAACCGUUCAACACUACCAUAUAAUGGAGGAUCGUUUACACAGGAACAGAUUGACGUUUUAGAACGAGUUUUCAAUGUUAAACGUUAUCCAGAUCUGUUUGAACGUGAAAAGCUCGCAUUAGAUUUAAAUAUGCCUGAAGUGAGAAUCCAAAAUCGUCGAAAGAAAUUACGCGAAACCUACGGUGUAGAUGAUUCUCAACAACAUCUACCACAUCUGCCAAUCGCGUCCAUUAAUGCAGAUAAAGUCUCCUCUGCAG